AUGCGAAGGUACCUCUCAGCCAUGGCCUCAGCAAACCGCAGACGGUUCGCACCGUUGAAGGAAGCGGCUGGCCUGACAAGCAACUUGCCAAAGCUACGAGGCGUGGUAUUUGACGUUGAUGGCACACUGUGUGAACCGCAAAACCAGAUGUUCGGCGAGAUGCGCUCCGUCCUGGGCAUCCCCAAAACUGUCGACAUACUCGAGCACAUCUACUCCCUCCCCACGCCCGAGGCGCAGCACGCGGCCCAAGAAGCCAUUCGGGCCAUCGAACGGCGUAAUAUGGCCGAGCAGGUCGCUCAACCUGGACUUGCCACCCUCAUGGCCUACCUGGACUCCAAGUCGAUCCGGAAAGGCAUCUGCACGCGCAAUUAUGAGCUACCCGUCACGCACCUGCUGGAGAAAUUUCUUCAAGGGACUACCUUCUUUCCUAUCGUGACGCGGGACUUCCGUCCACCCAAGCCGGAUCCCGCUGGCAUUUUGUUCAUCUCAAGAAGCUGGGGCCUAGUGCGGCGGAGUGAGGAGCUGGGAAGGGAGAAGAUGGAGGAAAUGAAGGAGAUGGUGGCGGAUGCGGAUGAGGACGCGAGAGUCAAGGAAGGUGCUAUGGGGACGGAUGGCGAGGGCCAUAAGGAAAUUGGGGAUGCCAGCCAUCUUUUGAUGGUGGGAGAUUCGAUCGACGACAUGACAGCAGGACGUCGCGCUGGUGCGGCUACGGUUUUACUUAUCAAUGAUGUGAAUCGGCAUUUGGCGGAGCACGAGCAUACUGACCUGGUGAUAGAGCGGUUGGAUGAUCUGGUAGGCGUGCUAGAGGAGGGAUUUAUUGGACGUCAGGUUUCAUAA